GAUUUGUAACGUUUACACUUCUGACUUUGGGAAAGAAGAAGUUCUGCAGAAAUGUCGAAGAUUGAGAAAAUGAGCAUCCUCGGAGUGAGGAGUUUUGGGGUAGAGGAUAAAGACAAACAAGUUAUCACUUUCUUUAAUCCAUUAACUAUUUUGGUGGGACCAAAUGGUGCAGGAAAAACGACUAUCAUUGAAUGUCUUAAAUAUAUAUCCACUGGAGAUUUUCCUCCUGGCACCAAAGGAAGCUCAUUUGUUCACGAUCCAAAGAUUGCCAAUGAAACAGAUGUUAGAGCUCAGAUUCGAUUACAGUUUCGAGAUGUAAACGGAGAGCUUGUAGCUGUCCAGCGAUCCAUGAUCUGUACCCAGAAGGGCAAGAAAACAGAAUUUAAAACACUUGAAGGUGUCAUUACUAGAACAAAGCAUGGCGAGAAGGUCAGCCUGAGUUCCAAGUGUGCAGAAAUCGAUCGAGAGAUGAUCAGCGCCCUUGGUGUUUCCAAGUCGGUGAUUAACAACGUCAUUUUCUGCCACCAAGAAGAAUCCAACUGGCCAUUAAGUGAAGGGAAGGCCCUGAAACAAAAAUUUGAUGAGAUCUUUUCAGCAACAAGGUAUAUUAAAGCGCUCGAAACUCUUCGUCAGGUACGACUGAAACACGGCUCAAAAGUAAAAGAGUGUCAGACAGAACUGAAAUAUCUGAAACAGAAUAAAGAAAAAGCACAGGAAAUCCAGGAUAAUCUUAGCAAUAGAGAGGCUCAACUGGCUGCUUCUAAGGAGAAUGUAAAAUCAAUUGAGAGCCAACUUGAACCUCUAAAGAGUUCCCUGGCAGCAGUUGAACAGAAUCUCACGAAAGUAAUGAGGCUAGACAACGACGUAAAGGCCCUGGAGAGCAGGAGGCGGCAGAUGGAGAAGGAUAACCAAGAUCUGCAACAGAAGAUGGAAAAGGUUUUUCAGGGAACAGAUGAACAGCUGAGGGACAGAUACCAGAACCACCAGAAAACAGUGAAGGAGAAAGAGAAGAGAUUGUCAGACUGUAAGCGUGAAUUAGACAGAGCCGCCAAAGAAUGCCAGAGAUUCAACAGUGAGAAAUCAGAGCUACUUAUUGAACGAGGUCGUCUUCAACUGCAAGCAGAUCGUCACCAGGAGCACAUCGCAACGAGGGAUUCAUUAAUUCAGUCUUUGGCAGCACAGCUGGAAUUAGAUGGUUUUGAGCGAGCACCUUUUAAUGAAAAGCACAUUACCAGUUUUCACAAGUUGUUGAAGGAGAGACAGCAAAGAGAUCUAGAAGCUGCAAAUAAUUUGAUG